AUGACGUCUACUAUUGUAUCAACGCCAGGAAAAGUACUUGUCGCAGGUGGAUAUUUGAUACUAGAUAGAAACUAUGAUGGUCUAGUUGUUGCGGUUGAUUCAAGAUUUUAUACAGUGAUUAAAAAAAUUGAAGCAGAAAAUACUUUUUGCAAUAGUAAUAAUGACAAUAGUUGGAAAAUUAAUGUCAUUUCGCCUCAAUUCAAUAAUACCAAGUGGGAAUAUAAAGUAAUAAUUAAUGAUUAUAGCAAUAAAGAAGAUAUCAGACAAUGUGAAUUGAUGACAUUGAACUCAAAUGAGAGCGGAAAUAACACAUUUAUUGAUGUGACACUCAAAUUUGCUUUGUCAAUUAUUAUUCGGAGAAUUGAUUAUUCAUCAUUCUCAAAGAUAUUAGAAAAAGGAUUAAAUAUAUUUAUAGUUGGAAGCAAUGAUUUCUAUUCACAACGAGAACAAUUGAAAAAUCAAGGACUUGAAAUUAGUUUGGCAUCAUUACGAUCACUCAAACCAUUUUGUAAAUUAAACAAAACCUUGAAAAAUGUUCAUAAAACAGGUUUAGGAUCUUCGGCAGCAUUGAUAACAUCAUUUGUUACAGCUUUAUUCGUUCAUUUUAAUUUAAUCAAUAACAAAGAAGACGUAGAUGAUAAUAGUGAUAAUUAUUCCAGAACAUUAAUUCAUAAUGUUGCACAGUUUUGUCAUUGUUUUGCUCAAGGUAAAAUAGGAUCAGGAUUUGAUGUAUCAGCUGGUGUAUGGGGAAGUCAUACUUACAAGAGAUUUUCUACUAUUUCGCCAUUUUCUUUACCACCAGGAUUUAAUUUAAUUCUUGCAGACAUUGAUACAGGAUCGAAUACUCCCAGUAUGGUUUCAAAAGUAUUACAAUGGCGUAAAAAUGAUCCUGAGCAAGCAAAUAAAUUAUGGGAAGAAUUGAAUAAAUACAACAAAUUUCUUGCCGAGAAUUUAACAAAAUUGACAAAAGAAUAUGAUAAUGAUCAAAAAUUAUAUUGUAAUACUAUUGAAAUCUGUUCUAAUUCUAAGGCAUCUGAGUGGUUAUCAAUAUCAGAAAAAAAUCCAAAUGAAUCUUACAUUAUAGGAUUAUUAUCAUUGAUAUAUACAACAUUCCAAAAUAUACGAAAAUUAUUACGAGAAAUGUCAAAACUGUCAAAAGUACCAAUUGAACCACCUGAACAAACUAAAUUAUUAGAUUUAUGUAAUGAAAUACCUGGUGUGGUAUUAAGUGGUGUUCCUGGUGCGGGAGGAUAUGAUGCAAUAUUUUGUAUUUAUAUUACCCCAAUUUCUUCUUCUACUACGACUGCGUUUCAUUCAAUUAAAGGAGAUGACUGCCUAAAUAAAUUAGAGCAACUAUUUUAUAAUUAUAAAGACUUGGAUGUAUUACCACUUUUAUCUAAAGAAUCAUCAAAGGCACAAGUUUUCCCCCCAAGUUUAGUUCAUGUAAUUAUUAAACCAAUAUGGCCCAAAAAUCCAUCACAUGUUUUUUACUGA